AUGGCAGCCCUGGCAGCUGGAGUAUCCAAGCAACGUGCAGCUGCUAAGGGGCUUGGCUCUAACCAGAAUGCUGUGAAGUAUUUAGGCCAAGACUUUGAGAACCUGAGAAAACAAUGCUUGAACUCAGGGGUGCUGUUUAAAGAUCCAGAGUUUCCAGCAUGUCCAUCAGCUUUGGGCUACAGGGAUCUCGGGCCCGGCUCCCCCCAAACUCAAGGCAUCAUAUGGAAGCGACCCACGGAACUGUGUCCCAACCCUCAGUUUAUUGUUGGUGGAGCCACACGGACAGACAUCCGCCAAGGGGGUCUAGGUGACUGUUGGCUUCUGGCAGCCAUUGCCUCCCUCACCUUGAAUGAAAAACUGCUUUACCGAGUGGUCCCCAAGGACCAGAGCUUCCAGAAGAACUAUGCGGGCAUUUUUCACUUCCAGUUCUGGCAGUAUGGAGAGUGGGUAGAUGUUGUCAUUGAUGACAGACUCCCCACCAAGAAUGGACAGCUGCUCUUUCUACACUCAGAAGAAGGCAAUGAGUUCUGGAGUGCUCUCCUGGAGAAAGCCUAUGCCAAGCUCAAUGGUUCCUAUGAGGCGCUUGCUGGAGGCUCCACAGUUGAGGGGUUUGAAGAUUUCACAGGUGGCAUCUCUGAAUUUUAUGACCUGAAGAAGCCCCCGGGCAAUCUAUACCACAUCAUCAAGAAGGCCCUCCGUGCAGGAUCUCUGCUGGGGUGCUCCAUUGAUGUCUCAAGUGCAGCCGAAGCAGAAGCCACCACCAGGCAAAAGCUGGUGAAGGGUCAUGCAUACUCUGUUACUGGAGUCGAAGAGGUGGAUUUCCGUGGCUGCCCAGAGAAGCUGAUCAGACUAAGGAACCCAUGGGGUGAAGUGGAGUGGUCUGGAGCCUGGAGUGAUGCAGCACCUGAGUGGAAUUACAUAGAUCCCAGGAAGAAGGAAGAGCUGGACAAGAGAGCAGAGGAUGGAGAGUUCUGGAUGUCCUUUUCGGAUUUCUUGGAGCAGUUCUCUCGACUGGAAAUAUGCAACCUGUCUCCAGACUCCCUGAGCAGUGAGGAGGCCCACAAAUGGAACCUUGUGCUCUUCAAUGGUCGCUGGACACGAGGUUCCACAGCCGGGGGCUGCCAGAACUACCCAGGCACUUACUGGACCAACCCCCAGUUCAAAAUCCAUUUGGAUGAGGUGGAUGAGGACCAGGAAGAGGGCACCAGUGAACCCUGCUGUACAGUGCUGCUGGGUCUGAUGCAGAAGAAUCGCAGACGGCAAAAGAGGAUUGGCCAGGGCAUGCUCAGCAUAGGCUACGCUGUCUACCAGAUUCCCAAGGAGCUGGAGAGCCACACGGAUGCUCACCUGGGCCGGGACUUCUUCCAGAGCCACCAGCCUUCUGCCCGCUCCAGCAGCUACAUGAACCUGCGUGAAGUGUCCAGCCGAGUCCGGCUGCCCCCAGGACAGUACCUGGUGGUGCCAUCUACCUUCGAGCCCUUCAAGGAUGGUGACUUCUGCUUGAGGGUGUUCUCAGAGAAGAAGGCCCAGGCUCUAGAAAUUGGGGAUGCUGUGGCUGGAAACCCACACGAGCCACAUCCAUUGGACAUGGAUCGAGAAGAUGAACACUUCCGGAGCCUGUUUGAGGAGUUCGCAGGCAAGGAUUCUGAGAUCAGCGCUAAUCAGCUCAAGAGGGUCCUGAAUGGAGUGUUUUCUACACGAACAGACAUGAAAUUUGAUGGAUUCAACAUCAGCACUUGCAGAGAAAUGAUCAGCCUGCUAGAUAGUGACGGGAGUGGAACCCUGGGACCCGCAGAGCUCAAAACACUCUGGCUGAAGAUUCGCAAGUAUCUGGAGAUCUACCAGGAAAUGGACCACAACCAUGUAGGGACCAUUAAUGCCCAUGAGAUGAGGACAGCCCUCAAGAAAGCAGGUUUCGCUCUCAACAACCAGGUCCAGCAGACUAUUGCCAUGAGGUAUGCGUGCAGCAAGCUUGGCAUGGACUUCGAUGGCUUUGUGGCUUGCAUGAUCCGCCUGGAGACCCUGUUCAAACUGUUCAGGCUUUUGGACAAGGACCAGAAUGGCGUUGUCCAGCUCUCCCUGGCUGAGUGGCUGUGCUGUGUGCUGGUUUGA